GCAGACGCUGACCAAACAGUUUCAGUUGCACGACGAGCAAAGGAAAAGAGUUCAUUUAAUAUAAGCAACAACAAAAAUGGCUGUGAAGCUGCCGCUGCCGCUGCCGCUGCUGCUGCUCCUCUCGCUGAUAGCCGUCAGCUGUGGCGCCUACAGCUCCUCGCUGGAUGAGCCGGCCAGCAGCUCGAGCGGCAAUUCGAUUGGCAUCAGCAAGUGCAAUAAGAAUCCGCUGACCGAGCUCACCUUCCAGCUGAGCGGCAGCAAUCUGCACUGGCCCUGCGACUCCACCAAGAACAUCUACGUGCAAUCGGGUCGCUAUGUGCCCCGCAAUGUGAUUGUGACGCGUGCGCAGCUGCAGCGCGACUCGGCGUUUGUGGCACUGCCGCGCUACAAGCAGGGCGUGCCCUUCACCCUGGGCAAGGUGAAUCUGAAGAAGGGCGAGUGCUUGGCCAAAAUAGCGCCGUAUCCCUGCUGGGCCAUACAGGAGGAGGGCAACUGCCAGGCGCUGCAAUCCGUUGUGGACGUGGCCGUGGAUCAAAAUGGUCUGCUGUGGGCCUUGGACGUGGGCAUUGUGAACACACUGGAGCAGCCCAUACGCCGCUGCAGCCCCAAAAUUGUGGCCAUAAACACGGCCAACAACAAGGUGGUGAAAAGCAUUGACCUCAGCGAUCUCGUGACCUCCGAGAGCCGUUUGCAGUUCAUUGUCGUCGACUACUCCAAGGAUAACAAGCCCUUUGUCUAUGUGGCAGAUGCUGGAGCUCGUAGCAUUCUGGUCUAUGAUAUUACUGGCAACAAAUCGUAUCGCAUCGUCUUGCCCCGAGCCACAGCUCCGACCAACGAUGUGCUCUACGUAGCGCUGACUGCCAAGCCCGACGGCACCUCGACGCUCUUCUUCAGCUACCUGAGCUCGUCGCGCCUCUAUUCGAUUAAGGGCGAGUACUUGAGGGUGGGCCAGGGCGCUGGCUCCAUCAUCGAUGUGGGACCGAAACCCUAUGGCAAGCAGGCGGUGCUGCUGGGCGCCGAUGGCGGCACCUCGCUCUUCUUCCGCUACAAGGGCGAGAACGACAUCUAUCUGUGGGACUCGGAGACCUGCUUCAAGGCCUCCAACUUGCAGGAGGUGCAGCGUGGCGGCGACUGUCGCCUCUCCACCCAAGUGCUGCCGGGCCACAAGCGGUUCAUGUGGGCGCUCGAGAGCAAUUUCCAUGACUUCAUCUCGGAUCGCACUGGCUGCAAUGGCGCCUCCAUUGUGCUGCAUCCCGUUGUGCGCGAAUGCGACGACUAAUUCGCGUCUCUGUCUCAUUUUAUUAGCCAUAUAAGAUUUGUUAUCAUUAUUUUUUUUUUUUUUGUACGAAUAAA